GUCUUAGCGCAUGUCCCAUAGAGCUAUCCAUCAUGGCGGAAGAAAGUCAACAAAAACAAAGUCCUCCCGAAAAAACUGAGGAAAUGUUGCCUGUGCUCGAGCAGACGUGUGCUGAUUACUCGCAGUAUCUGGACGUGAACACAGAUAAAGAGAGGAAAAUGAUAGAAGACAGUAUAGAGGAGAUGCUGACCCAUCUAGAUGAAUUCUGUGGAGUGGUAGACAUGGUUCGAUCAGAAUCCAAUCUUGCACUGAACAAGACACUCCCAGAGUUAUACGAGAGGUCGCUGGAAAUCAGGAAAACAUAUGAGAGGAUCGACCAAUUAGAGGCUUUUGUGAAUGUGGUGAGGAGGAAUGUUAACAUGAUGGAAGAGUUGGUGAACCAGGCAGAACGAGACUACAGCUCUCUCAACUCCAUCAAAUCACUCUUCACCAACAUCAAGAUGCCCAUUUUUGCACCAAAGAAGCCUGUAGCACCGAAACCAGAAGUACGGAAGAAGUUUGUGCCCCCAGAGAUCUUCAAAACAGACGACUUCUUCCCUCCAAAGGAAGAUACCAAGACAUCCACUGUCACUGAGGAGAGGUGACGGCAAAACUGGUCAAAUCAUUUUGGUUCCAGACAUUCUCAUUUCUAAAAAAAAUGGUACAUGUAUCUGUAAAUUUGGAAUCUCUGCUGAAUUUUGAAGUUGAAUACAUUUAUGAGUGUAAUUAUAUGAUGACAGAAAUGUAAGAUACCAGUACUGUGGUUCAAUUCUUUAUACUGUGGUUUCCCUUUCUGAAUCCCCGUCUUAUAAAACAUUAGCUGCUUCAUUCCAUUGAAUAUCAAAAUUUAGCCACUUCUCACAAUGUCAGUGGUCAGGAAGGCCUGAGGACUUGAUUAUACACGAUAGCAUUUGAUUGUAACAUUUGUGAUUUUGCCAAUGGAAGCAAUAAUCAUCUGAAGAAUGUGGAAUUCUGUACAGAUGUUUUAUCUGUAUAUCAGACAGAUAAAACCCAGUAAUCUUAUUUCAUGAGACACUUUUGUCUGUUGUGCAUAUGCAUGCAUUGCCUCAAUGUCUGAAUUACACCAAACAGACUUUUGAUACAUAAAGAUAGCUACUUCUUUUAUUGUAGUAAGUAGAGAGAUAGAAGGAUAUGAGCUGAAUAGUUAAUGGAGUAUUUAGUUCCUGAUGUACAUUGAUUUUUACAAAUCUACUCUAAACGUGGAUGGAAUUCAGCCCCCAAUUUGGGGACUUUUAAAGGAAAAAAAGUGAGAUGGCAAUUUUUCAACACGAGUAUUACAUUAUGCAGGCAAAGUUUAAUAGUGUUCCUAAAGGGCACAGGUAAUAUACAAUACAUAUUUACAAAUGAUUGUGAUAACUUUUCUUUUAAUUGAAUUUAAGCAACUUGAUUUGAGGUAAAUGCCUAAAAAGAAUACAGAAGACAUUGGAAGAUCUACAAUUGUCACUUUUUAACAAUGUAUGAAGUGAGAUUUCAAUUACUCAUCUCUGGUAAAAAAAGAAGUACAAUGUAGUGAGAACUAUGUAUAACUUAGAAUACUCUGAUACAGUAUAUAGCAACUGAGUAAAUAAAUACAUGUAUAUAAAGAAAAAGAUGUUAGUGUGCUUUUGCCUGCUGAACAAGCAACAAUAAAUUCUACCAAAGUUA